AUGGAGGGGGCCCGGCCGCUGGGACCAGUUGGGCCCGGCCUGCCUUCAAGCCGAAGAAGGACCACGGGCUGGUGGGCCGAGGUUUGUCAGCCACCGCCCCCUGGCCAGUUUGAGCUGAAGUUUCACAGUACCCCUGCGGCCCGAACGCCCACGCGGCCCUGGCCGGGCCCCCAGAUGUUCCCCACGACGCCCGAGCCGGGCAAGGCGGGCCUCCCGGGCUUGGGACCUGAUCCCCCGACGGGCCCCAAUGGGGACCCCGGGCCCGCCCCGGAGGGGGGCCCCCCAGCCGGAGGGGGAGGCCGCCGGGACCAGCAAGAGCACAGCAGCAGCGCGCAGCAGCAGCGCCCACUGGGGGCCCCCACGCCGGGGGUAGCCCAAGGCCCUUCACCUUUGCCCUGGGGGGUGGCUGAGGGGCUGGGUCAGUCGCCCAAGGAGGGAGGUGGGGGAGGCCCUGGGAGGGCUGGAGGAGCAAGCCCCGCGGCCUCGUCCCCAGCUGCUCCCCAGAGGCUGGUAGCCCGAAAUGGAGAGGCCGAGGGGGAGUCCGGGAGCGGGGGAGUGGCCGGGGCGGGCGGGGGGAGCAGUGGCGCCGGGGCCCCCCUGUGCUGCACCCUGUGCCGGGAGAGGCUGGAGGACACCCACUUUGUCCAGUGCCCCGGCCGGGCCAGCCCUGCUUCCCUGCUCCGGGAGUUUAUCAACCAGGGCCCCGUGAGGCAUGCCCCAGGACAACCCAGGGUCCAGGCCCCUGGGCCCAGGGGAGAUUGCCACCAUCCCGGGGAACAUCAAGGGAAGAAGGAGCGGACCCAAACUGCCCCCCUCCUUCCCCACGUCCUUCCGGGGGGUUUUGGGAUCCGGACCCUGCAGCAAAAUUCCUUCUGGGCCCUCCCCCACCCUUCCCUUUCCCCGCUGGGGCUUUCCCAGGCCGGGGGAAGAACCCGGGAACCCCCCAAUUUUAGCUACUCCUGCCAACCCUGGUUCCCAGCCCCAGGUCGAGCCUCCCCAGAACAGACACCCCAGGAUCCCUUUCGACCCCGACACCGGCCGUGCCGCCCUUCAUCUUUUUCUGCGGGGCCCAUCCCCAGCCUCCUGCCUUUAGAAGGCCCCCCUGCCUAA